CUCACUAAUCAACACCUGCCCUGAGUCUCGCUGUGAAAAAUUACGAAAGAAUUCGGUUGUUCAACGCUUUCCAAGAUCAACAAAUCUUUGCUUAACGAACAAUAAUGGCAUCAAUUUGUGGACGCAUGGCGCUUCGUGCCGCCGCACGCCAAAAUGUGACAUACAACUCCGUGCGUACCUGCAAAAUGAUGAACGACCCGUUGGAGCACGCCACGGGUAUCGAGAAACGUGAACUGCUGCUGAAGGCGGCCGGCAACGAUAAUCCUUUCGACAUGAAGGUCUUCAAACGCGGUGCUGGCACUAAGGAAAACCCCAACCUGAUUCCAUCGGCCUUCGAUGCCCGCAUUGUUGGCUGCAUCUGCGAGGAGGAUCAGACCUAUGUACAGUGGAUGUGGCUGCAGAAGGGCAACCAGAAACGUUGUGAGUGCGGCCACUGGUUCAAGUUGGUUGAGAAGGCAGCUGUUUAAAGUUAUUAUUAAUUAAUUAAAUAAACCAAUUAAUAACAAAAACAAACAACACACACAUAAAAACAACAACUAUUAAGCUAAAAGUCAACAUAAUAGCUUUCCAAAUAAAAACAAACAUCAAUCCAAAUAA